AUGAAUUGGACACGUCAUAGGGAAGUCAAAGAGGCAAAUGAGAUACUUCUGUUUCCAUUUACAAAUAAGAUAGUUGAUGAGAAUGGAAAAAGCAAUGUGAUUUCUGAAGAUUAUAAAAGAAAAAAAGUUGUAAAAGAAGAGGCCCCAACAAGAUCUACAAUCGAUAUCGAGACAACAAUUAUAGAAGUUGAGAACUUUUAUGGGGACAAGGGGCCCAUUUAUCCCCUCACCUUCCAAACAAUGAAGGGACAUGAUAAAGGUGGGGCAAUGAGGGAGAGGCAUUUGGGUGAUGGUGAUGUCACGUGA